AUGCCGACGGUAUCGUGCGACAAGGAGGAGCUGUUCAACAGGCUAGGCCGCACUUACUCCGCGGAAGAGUUCGACCACCUGCUUUUCGAAUUCGGCCUCGAGCUUGAUGAAGAUACUACGGAAGAGGUGGAGGCGCUAAAGGCCAAAGGACUCCCGACCGAGCGUCCGCAACUGAAGAUUGAGAUUCCUGCCAACCGAUAUGACUUGCUUUGCAUCGAGGGUAUCGCUCGCGCCCUUCGUGUUUUCCUCGGUUUGGACAAGACUCCCCAUUACCAGCUCGUCUAUCCUGCUGGAGGAGAAGCGGAUCUUAUCACUGUGACCGUCGGCAAAGAGACCCAGCAAAUCCGUCCAUACUUUGCGAGCGCCGUUUUGCGCAACGUCAAGUUCACAGAGCGCUCGUAUGAGUCCUUCAUCGAUCUGCAAGACAAGCUGCACCAAAAUCUCUGCCGUCGGCGACAGUUUGUGGCCAUUGGUACGCACGACCUGGAUACCAUCGAAGCUCCCUUGCGUUACGAGGCGCGUCCACCCAAGGACAUCAAGUUCGUACCGCUAUCGAAAGAUAAGGAUUACAAUGCUGAGGAGCUAAUGACGAUCUAUGAGUCAGAGAAGCACUUGUCGCGAUACCUCCACAUCAUCCGAGACUCGCCCGUAUACCCUAUCAUCUACGACAAUCAGGAUAGAGUAGCGUCAAUGCCGCCUAUCAUCAACUCCGAACGCAGCAAAAUCACGCUUAACACCAAGAACAUAUUCAUUGACAUCACCGCUACGGACGAGACUAAACUCGGCAUCGUGGCUAACAUCAUCUCGACGAUGUUCUCUGAGUACUGUGCGGAACCCUUCUCCAUCGAGCCUGUCAAGAUUGUUUAUCCGGAUGGCAGCACUCGCAUUACGCCCGACCUCACGUACCGACCGACCACGGCGCAUGCGUCCUACGUCAACUCAUGUACAGGGCUCGCACUCAAUGCAGAAGAAGUCGCUCGCCUGCUUGAGCGCAUGACCCUCACCGCGUCCGUGUCUCCAAACGACACCGACGAGAUUGUGGUGCAGAUCCCACCCACGCGUCCCGACAUCCUCCACGAGUGUGACCUGAUGGAGGACGCCGCUAUUGCGUACGGCUUCAACAAGCUCCCGGACGCCUUCCCGUCCACGAGCACCGUGGCGCAGCCGCUCGCGAUCAGCAGGCUGACCGACAUCGUGCGCACCGAGUGGGCGAUGGACGGCUGGGUUGAGGCGCUGCCCCUCAUCCUCUGCUCGCACGAGGAGAACUUCGAUUGGAUGAACCGCAAGGACGACGGGACGACGGCGGUGCGCAUCGCGAACCCGAAGACGCUCGAGUUCCAGGUCGUGCGCACCUCCCUCCUCCAGGGCCUGCUCAAGACGAUCCGCGAGAACCGCUCGCACCCGCUCCCCGUCCGCGUCUUCGAGGCGUCCGACGUCGUCUUCAAGGACCCCGCGCUCGAGCGCCAGGCGCGCAACGUCCGCCACGCCGCCGCGGUCUGGUGCAACAAGACGGCCGGGUUCGAGGUCGUGCACGGCCUGCUCGACCGCAUCAUGGCCAUGCUCGAGGUCCCGCGCAUCGCCGCCGCGGACCCCAAGGCCGAGAGCGGGUACUACAUCAAGGAGCGUGAGGACCCGACUUUCUUCCCGGGGCGUGCAGCGACGAUCUACUACCGUGCGCCGAAGGAGACGACGGGCCUGACCGUGCUCAAGCGCACGCUCAAGGCUGCGCUCCACCACCCAGACGACCUCGAGAUCGGCGUACUCGGGAUUCUGCACCCGACCGUGCUCGAGAAGUUCGAGAUCUCGUACCCGUGCUCCGCGCUCGAGUUCACGCUCGAGCCGUUCAAGAAGGAGCUCCAGACCGUGUGGACGUAG